AUGUCUCGCGCAGCGCAGCCAGGCGGCUCCAGAAAGAUCUCCUUUAACGUCUCGGAGCAGUACGAGAUCCAAGACGUGGUUGGUGAGGGCGCGUACGGUGUAGUGUGCUCGGCAUUGCACAAGCCAUCAGGGCAGAAGGUGGCCAUCAAGAAAAUCACACCCUUCGACCACUCCAUGUUUUGCUUGCGGACACUCCGAGAGAUGAAGCUGCUGCGAUACUUCAACCACGAGAACAUCAUCUCCAUCCUCGACAUCCAGAAACCACGCACCUACGAAAGCUUCUCGGAAGUCUACCUCAUCCAGGAGCUCAUGGAGACCGACAUGCACAGAGUCAUUCGCACGCAAGAGCUCUCCGACGAUCACUGCCAAUACUUCAUCUACCAGACGCUUCGAGCACUCAAAGCCAUGCAUUCAGCCAAUGUCCUUCACCGCGAUCUCAAGCCAUCCAAUCUUCUGCUCAAUGCCAACUGCGACCUCAAAGUCUGCGACUUCGGUCUUGCACGUUCAGCAGCCAGCACGGAAGACAAUCAGGGCUUCAUGACUGAAUAUGUGGCCACCCGUUGGUACCGUGCGCCAGAGAUCAUGCUGACGUUCAAGGAGUACACCAAAGCCAUCGACGUGUGGUCAGUCGGCUGUAUUCUGGCGGAGAUGCUGAGUGGCAAGCCGCUCUUCCCAGGCAAAGAUUACCACCACCAACUCACACUCAUCCUCGAUGUUCUCGGCACGCCGACCAUGGAGGACUACUACGGCAUCAAGUCGAGACGUGCUCGGGAAUACAUUCGAUCUCUGCCCUUCAAGAAGAAGAUCCCGUGGAAGGUCAUGUUCCCGAAGACUUCAGACCUGGCUCUGGAUCUGCUCGAGCGUCUACUUGCGUUCAAUCCGGCGAAGCGCAUUACUGUGGAGGAGGCCCUGAAGCAUCCGUACUUGGAGCCCUACCACGACCCAGAGGACGAGCCAAACGCCGAUGCUAUUCCAGAGGAGUUCUUCGACUUUGAUAAGAACAAGGAUAAUUUGAGCAAGGAGCAGCUGCGAACCCUCAUCUACGACGAGAUCAUGCGGUAA